AUGCUGUGGGGGAAUCAGACCCGGGGCUCAGACUUCGUCCUGAUGGGAAUCUUCACUCACAGCCCCACCCACACCUUCCUCUUCGCUCUGGUGCUGGGCAUCUUCACAGUAGCUGUCCUGGGCAACACUGCCAUGGUGCUCCUUAUCUACCUGGACACCCAGCUCCACACGCCCAUGUACUUCCUGCUCAGCCAACUCUCCCUCAUGGACCUCACGCUCAUCUGUACCACUGUGCCCAAGAUGGCCUUCAACUACCUAUCUGGAAGGAAAUCCAUCUCUCUGGCAGGUUGUGGGGCCCAAAUCUUCUUCUAUGUUUCCCUGCUUGGAGCUGAGUGCUUCCUGCUGGCCACCAUGGCCUACGAUCGCUAUGUUGCCAUCUGCCAGCCUCUGAGAUACCCUGUUCUCAUGAGCCAAAAAAUCUGUGGUCUCAUGACGGCUUCUUCUUGGAUUCUUGGCUCGCUCGAUGGCAUAAUCGAAGUUGCAGUUGCACUGUCCUUCUCAUAUUGUGGGGCCAGGGAAAUACCCCAUUUCUUCUGUGAUGUGCCAGCCCUUCUUACCCUCUCAUGCACCGAUACCGUGAUGUUUGAAAGGAUGAUAUUUAUCUGCUGUGUAAUUAUGCUGCUUUUCCCUGUGGCAAUCAUCGUGGCUUCUUACGCUCGCGUCAUUCUGGCGGUCGUCCGCAUGGGAUCUGGGGAGGGUCGCCGCAAAGCUUUCGCCACCUGUUCCUCCCACCUCAUGGUGGUGGGACUGUACUACGGGGCGGCCAUGUUCAUCUACAUGCGCCCCGCUUCUCAUCGUUCCCCCACCCAGGACAAGAUGGUGUCAGCCUUCUACACCAUCCUCACCCCCAUGCUGAACCCCCUCAUCUACAGCGUGCGCAACAAGGAAGUGGCCAGAGCGUUCAUGAAGGUAACAGGCAAGGUAAAGUCUAGGGAGCAAAUCGCUUAG